AUGUUUCAGGAUAAAGAGCAAGCGCCGGAGCGAGGUGAAAAAGCCGAGAAAAUACACCGGAAAACGUGGCGGAGCUGCAAGGCAUUGGGUCGUCUCUGUCUAUCGUUUUCAAUGUUGGUGAUGCAGCGUGACCAUGGCCAGCUGCGUCUUCCUGGUCGUACUAAGACGACGGCCGAUGGGUUUGACGUUCUGCCGGUCCACCGUGACCGCGUGACUAGAGGGCAGGGGUGCGAGCCCUCAGCGGCACCUCCGGGAUCACUCUAUCCGCAAAGUAAGCAGUGCCCGCCUGCUCCGCCGCAAGCCGGCCGCACUAAAGUCGAGCGCUCAGCGACGAAUACAGAAGUGCCGCGGCCAUCCGGUCGGAGCCAGUCCAUCCUGCGCCCGGGAGGAACGAAGCUGCUAGCUUCGCCAUGUCGGAAGCCGGCGGGCCAGAAACCUGCGCCCGCCGGCUGGCCGCGGGCGGCCGGUCGGCCGCUUGCUUUUUUUGCUGGCUUGAUUGAAGCGGGGGGCAGUCUGUGGCGGUCCGUCGCCCUGUUUGCUUCUUCAGCUGGGAUUGGGAAGGCGCCGCUGCGUCCCAUCCCCUGCGGCGAUUGCGCUUUCUAUAUGAGCUCCCGCCGGCCAAUUCCGCGCCAACCACUUGGCGCCCGGCAAAGAAACAUUCGUGGGCCGCCUGUGGUCAUGACUCCAGAGAGUCAGGCUGGUCUGCCC